UAUCAUUAUGUGCUCCACAUUUCAAGCUCCAUUUCUGAAACAGAAUUUGUGAUUAUUCCUUCUCUACACCAUUUUCCUUUUGAUAUCUGUCAUGUUUCUAGUUCUUGUGCAGUGAAACCAAGACCUCUGUCAUUGAGCUGAGCUCAAAAUCUGCAGUUUUUGGUGUAGUUGGGUUAAUCUUAGAACAGAAAUGGCAGAGGAUUGGAAGCAAACAGCUCUUCUUGUCAUCGACAUGCAGAAAGAUUUCAUAGAAGAUUGGAGUCCUGUGGCACUAAAAGCAGGGAAAGACAUUGUUCCAAAUGUUGUUAAGGCCGUGGAAAUUGCAAGGGAGCGUGGCAUGCUCAUCGUUUGGGUAGUACGAGAAAACGAUCUCUUAGGAAGAGAUGUUGAGCUUUUUCGGAGGCAUUAUUAUACAGAGAAGAAAGCAAAAAUAGGGUGUAAAGGAAGUGAAGGUGCAGCAUUAGUUGAUGGGUUGGUAAUCAAAGAAGAGGAUUAUAAACUUGUGAAAACCAGGUUCAGUGCAUUCUUUGCUACACACCUUCAUUCGGUUCUUCAUGCUGCAGGAAUUCAUAAUUUGGUGAUCACUGGAAUUCAAACUCCAAAUUGUAUCAGACAAACUGUGUUUGAUGCUGUAGCGUUGGAUUAUCCAAAAGUGACUGUUAUUGUUGAUGCUACUGCAGCAGCCACACCAGAUGUUCAUCAAGCGAAUUUGUUUGACAUGGAAAAUGUUGGAGUUGCAACCCCAACUUUACAAGAAUGGAGUGAAGCCAAAGCUUGAUCUAUAGACAAAACAACUUUUGGUGCUUUGCUGUGUUUAAUUCCUUGACUCAAAGGUGUUAGUUGAUCAAGUGUUGAUCUUGUUGCUAGCUGCUCUAUGAAUGAAUAUGGAUAUUGAAAUGUAUUAUUAUAGUAUUCUUCAAUUGGAAAUGUUGUGAUACUCAAUGUUACUUCACAAUAAUAGUUCAUUCAAGUUGAAACGUAAUUUGAAAUUGCUUCUUUUGGGUA